AUGACUGUGACAGCAAAGUACCAGGAGCAGGAACACACCGUGAGUCUGCUGGUGGUGGAUGUGGACAGCCGACGUCCCAACCUGAUGGGUCGAGACUGGCUCAAGGUCUUCAGACUGGACUGGAAGUCGUUUGCCACCAUGAAUAUGGUGGAAAAGGGUGAUAUACAGAAGCAGUACCCAGAAGUGUUUCUGAAAGGUAAGGGGCCCAUCAAAUCCUUCAAGGUAGAGGUUAAGCUGAAAGAGGGAGCAACACCAGGCUUCUUCAAGCCCCGCAGUGUGCCCUACGCUCUCAGAACCAAGGUCACUGAGGAGCUGGACAGGCUGGUGAAUGAGGGAAUCUUGGUUCCAGUCACCAGCAGUGAGUGGGCAUCACCCAUCGUCACAGUGAUGAAACAGGAUGGAACAGUCAGGCUAUGUGGAGACUACAAGGUCACCGUAAACCGGUGGGCUGAGGUGGGCACUUACCCGUUGCCCACGGUCCAGGACCUCUUUGCAAAAAUCAAGGGCAAAGUGUUCUCUAAGUUGGACUUGUCUCAGGCUUACCUGCAGUGUGAGCUCUCAGAAGCAUCGAAGCGCCUGCUGGUGAUCAACACACCGAGAGGUCUCCUACAGCCUCAACGCCUGCCAUAUGGUGUAGCCCAGGCACCAGAGUUGUUCCAGAAGGUGAUGGACCAGGCCCUUCAAGGACUGGAUGGGGUACUGGUGUAUCUCGACGAUAUUCUGGUGGCCAGUUCAUCAGUGGAGGAGCACCGCAGAGACCUCAGCCAAGUGAUGGAGCGCCUGGAGAAGUACAACAUCCACCUAAAUGGUGCAAAGUGUGAGAUGUUCAAGACGGAGCUCGACUAUCUGGGACACAGGAUCACGGCGGAUGGAAUCCAUCCCACAGAAGAAAAGAUCCAGGCCAUCAGGAACAUGAAGAGGCCGGACGACGUCAAGGAGCUGCAGAGCAUGUUGGGCAUCAUCAACUUCUACAGGAGGUUUUUGCCAAACCUCUCGACGCAGCUGCAGCCGCUGAACCAGCUGCUGCAGAAAGAGGCACGCUGGAACUGGACUCCAGCCUGCGAGAAGGUGUUCCAACAGCUGAAGUCAGCACUGAGUGAAGAUGACGUGCUGGUGCACUAUGACGAAGAGAAGCCCAUCAAGCUCAGUUGUGACGCCUCAUCAUACGGACUGGGAGCGGUCAUAUCUCACGUCAUGAGCGACGGAUCGGAACGACCAAUCGCCUUCGCGUCAAGGACUAUGACUUCCACCGAACGCAACUAUGCACAAGUGGAACGAGAGGGACUGAGUAUCAUGUUCGGACUAAAGAAGUUCCAUCAGUACCUGUAUGGACGGCUGUUCACCCUGGUCACAGAUCACCAGGCGCUGACCAGUCUCCUGGGGCCGCAUACGGCAGUGCCGCCCCUCGCCGCGGCAAGAAUGCAACGUUGGGCACUCAUGCUGGCGGCGUACAGCUACAAGAUCGAAUAUCGACGAUCGGAUCUACACGGCAACGCUGAUGCGCUGUCUCGGCUGGUGACAAACAGGGACAACAUUGAAGACCCGGAUCAAAUGGAAGAAGAGCCGGUGUUCUCCGUUGUCGAGGAGCUCCCGCUGACAGCACAAGAAAUCAAAGAAGAAACCAGACGGGAUCUGAGUCUGACGCUUGGUAAGGUUGUUGUCACUGAUAAUGGACCGACGUUCACGUCGUCGGAGUUCAGCGACUUCCUGAAAAGGAAUGGAGUGAAGCACAAGAGGACGCCGCCAUAUCACAGCGCGUCGAAUGGUCAGGUGGAGCGUUGCGUCCGUACGCUGAAGGAAAACCUGCUGAAAAACGAAGUGUCGGGGGAGAAGAGAACGCUUCGACACCAAGUGGACAGUUUCCUGUUCGCGUACCGAAACACGCCACACACAGUCACUGGAAAAACGCCGGCGGAACUGUUUCUUCGCCGAGCGCCGAGGACGCGUCUGUCCCUACUCAAGCCCAAUUUGAAGGCUCAAGUGGAGAAGAUGCAGGAGCAACAGAAAGCAAGUCAUGAUGGAAAGGACAUGAAGCUGCGCGAAUUCACAGCGCGGCAGCCUGUGUUCGUGCGGAAUUGUCGCAGCGACCAGCGUGUGACGUGA